AUGCUCGACAUGCCCCUAGAAAUCACGAAUAUCUUGGGCUGCAGACACGUCUUCGGAUCUGCUUGCGUCAAACAAAUGAGUUGGGAUAACAUAGAUGGGCGCCACCAGUGCUGUCCACUCUGCCGAACAGAAUGGUGGCUAGAACCAGAUCCCUUGAACUGCGAUAUAACCGACGCUAUCAAACACAGGAGAUCCGAGAACAUAGCCAGAGACUUUCAAACCGACUAUGGCACAGCUAGGCAUCUUCUGUACAACGAGCCUGAGUAUGCUGAUUCGUAUGUGCCGUUCGGACUCGAAGAGCUGUGGUCGAAGCUCAACCUCACCCGUAUGAUAGGCAGUGCUUUGGCCACGGAAGCGAUACAGAAGCGUAUACAAAAACUGCAACAAGGGCGCAUCAUUUCCAUAGCUGAGAUCGCCUACCACCCAAAGAAGGUCCUGGAGGGAAAUUUAAUGGUUGAUCCUUUUACAUUCAACAACUAUCAUCUACCGGUAAACAGUAUGAAACAUGCUAUCCUCGGGACGCUGGGGUCGAUCGUUGACAGCUCCGCGUUCACUCUUUCCGAAUCAGCAAAGAUGAGGGUUCUCCAAGGUUUUGUUUCUUCCCUCUUACUCUCGGGCGCGGCCAUUGUGUCUGCAGCUUCUUCCUGGAGCUUUGAAGAUGCUACCGUGACUGUUUCCAGCAAAGGUGCUGGUGUUGGCGGAGGUUCAAAGGACAAACUGAGUCCCUCGACACCGCUGGGUAAAUCUGUAUCUUUGGGCGCGACCGAUACGUUGAAGCUUGUCCUCACAACCCUCGACGGAAGCACUGCGAAGCGACCUCAUCAGGCGUUCCUUACUCUGACUGAGCCGACGACGGGCUUGGAGGAGUCCUUUGUGUUCAAUGCGAAGGACAGUGGCAAGGCAAAGGUGGAUUUGUCUCACAAAGACCUACCCCACCAAUUCUUGACCUCUGAGAAGCCUAUCGUCGCAUCGAUUGUCAUCGGAUCGUUUGGGUCUUCCGCACCAUACAAGAGCAGAGCGUUCGAUCUCGCCGUUACCCGCGACCCUAGCGUCCCCCUCAGCGUCCCUGCGCCGCCCGUCCGCUACGCCGCCGAGGCUGAGAUUCACCACAUCUUCCGCGAUGACCCCAAGUCUCCACCCAAGAUCAUAACGAUUGUCUUCGCGGCUGCUGUUGCUGCUGCGCUACCUAUCCUGCUUGGCGCGUGGGCUAUGCUGGGCGCAAAUGCUAAUCAUCUUAGCAAGGCGCUUGGCAAUGCACCUGUCUCGCAUGGCCUCUUCUAUGGCUCCAUACUGGCCAUGGAGGGCAUUUUCUUCCUAUACUACACUAGCUGGAACCUCUUCCAGACUUUGCCAGCGGCAGCUGUCGUAGGAGCUGUUGCCUUCUUGAGCGGUAGCCGGGCCCUGUCGGAGGUUCAAGAGCGGAGACUCGCUGGAGAGAGAUGA